GUUUUACAGUCGGACCAGUAAACGGAAGUUGUGUGUGUUGCAACUUGAGGUCAACUUCUGCUGCAUGCUCUCAGACAUAUUCGGGGGUAAAGGUUGACCCGUGUGAACUGAAAGUAGCUACCUAAAAUCAGACAGCCAUGGCGAAGAAAAAGCGGCUUCGCCUCAUAGCUGAAAUGGCUCGGAAGAUCCGUGCUUACCGGGAGCUCAAGUCCAGGCCACGGGACUCCCAGAAGUACGAUCUGGAUUAUGACACAAUGAAGCGACCUCUUACUGGGAAGAUGCUGCCCAUACUGGCCUGGCAGGACGUCCGCAGGGAGAGCCGCCUAUUCUCACUUAUGGCAGGCAUGAGGAUGUUCGGGGUCGGCCGCCUCUUCACCCGCAAAUCCUGGCUGGAGGAUCACACAGAGCCCAGCUACUGGCAGAUCACAAAGGUGAAGGUGGACUACACAUCUGAGAACAUGGAUCACGGCAAAGCUUGGGGAGUCCUCACAUACAAAGGAAAACAGGAGACUGAGGUCAAGGAGAUUGACAAGGUGAUGUACCAUGAUUGGCGUCUGAUACCAAAACACAUGGAGCAGCAGGUCAAGGAUUUUAAACCGCUUCCUAGUCCGCCUGUACGCUUUGUCCCGUUUCCUCCUCUGCUCCGUGCAAUGAUUCUGGCCCAACAAAAGAAAGCAGGUGUAGUGUCAGAGGAGCCUACUCUACCCUUACAGAGAGAUGUCAUACUGAACAAAGACUAUUUCAGAACGCAGGAACAAGAGAGGAAGAGGAAAGAGGGGACAGCUGUGUGAUACUCAGCCUGGUUCUAAAACCAGAGGGUCAGUCCUGGACAUUUUGGACCAAAUCCAUGUUGAUAGAAGAUAUCAGAAUAUCUUCUGUCCAAGUGCCCUGGAAAGUCCUCGCAUUAAUGUCCUAGUAAAUCCUAAAAACUGUGCUUUAUUUCCAUCUGAAUUGGGCCUCUCUAUGUAUGUGUAUAAUGUAUAUUUGUGCAAUUUUAUUGAUAUUAAAAUUGAUUAAAUAUGUGGAUCCUG